UGUCUUUCACUUUAACUGAUUGCCUGAUUAUCGAUUUAAUUAAAUUUUACAAAUAACUAAUUUACUUUCUAUGAAGAAUAUAUGUUUAAAAUAUAAUUUUACGCAUUGUUAAACCAAAGACCGAGAAUCUUCAGGAAACAAAAAUUUCAUAAUAAUGUGGAAAAGCGACGCGAUCAAUAGUUUGGAUUUGGCCGAGGAAAAUUGUGUUAAGAUUCCCAACCUUUCUAAUUUGAUUUCAAUGAAGGAGGAAAAUCCACGUUACAAUUGUAGUUUUUGCACCAAAGCAUUCUGUAAUGAGACGGCAAUGCGAAAUCAUGAAAAUUUUGACCAUCUUCCAAGGGCAUUGAAUGAUGAAUCUGAUCAAACAAUUGCGUCUGCACAAACAAAUGAUCAGGGUGUGGAAGGACUUCGCGGAUUUCAAUUUGUGCCAAGUAACUUUGAAGAUAACAAGGAAACAACUAUCGUGGAUGGAAACAAGAGGUGUUAUUUUAAUGAAAAUACAAGUUACAUACUUUUAAAAGUUGAAGGGGACGACAUAGAUUCGAACGCAUUGAAAGGAUACCGCCGCCCCGGUAUAUUAAGACGCACACAAAUGAAGCAAGGAAGACAGACUGUUGACUUAAGAGGUCCCUUUACUUGCUCUGCAACAUUGGCCCUAAGACCAGACCUUCAAUGCCAGGAAAUGUUUUUUAAUUGUUGCGAGUACUCCCUGCACUAUCGCGAAGAACACACAAAGAGGCGGAAAGCUGCCUUGCGUUGCCAAGUUUGCGAGAAGAGUCUAUACAAAGAAUUUGAGGAGUCAAAGCCUGCGGGAUUACAAGAAACAACACCGACGAUGGCAUUUUCUUGUCGUAUUUGUGGGGAAAAUUUUAUGACUAGUUCCGAUCAAGAGGAACACAAUCGUAUAUUUCAUAUGAAAAUGAAGCCACAUCAGUGCUCUAUCUGCGACAAGCGAUUUACGCAGCAGGGUGGGCUGCAGCAGCACAUGCGCAUGCACACAGGCAUACGCCCCUACGAGUGCACCUUCUGUCCGAAAGCAUUCACACAGAAAGCUGGCCUCGACCAGCACAUCCGCACCCAUACUAAAGUGAAACCGUUCAAGUGCGUGAUCUGCAGUAAGUGCUUCUCGCAAUCGGUGCAUCUACGGCAGCACAUGCGCACUCAUACCAACAUCCAACCGUUCGAAUGCCGCGUUUGCGGACGCCGAUUCAAGCAAAGCAGCCACCUCAAGUUCCACAUGCGCUCGCACCUCGAUGACGGUGACGUUGUCAUCGACGUGGAGACUUACACGCACACCGUACUGCCACAAAGUCAGAUGGACUUUUUGAAUAUCGCCAAUUUACAAGAAGUGCAAGAUGGUGACACCAAGUACUACGAGGCUAAGCUCAACGAACCAGGGCCGCCCACCGCUGCAGACAUUCGUUCUGCGUUACUAUUACCAAACAAUUAUUAACCUUCCAUACUCAGUGUAUUUUGAUUGGCUAUUUUCUCUUGUCUGAGUGUGGUUGUUAGUGUAUUUUUUACUAUGAAGUAGUUGUAAGCGAAGUUAAUGAAAAAAAUGUACGUAUGCAGCCAGUAAUGCAUUAUCGCGACUAACAGUGUGUUUGAUCUCCAUGUUUGUGGUAUAUUUUAUAAUAUCGGUUCCAUUUUAAUUUCCACUAGUAAUGCAUCGAUAACAAGUUCUCGUAUUAUUAAGUGGAGAACGAUAUUUUUUUCAGUGGAAACUAAG